AUGUUGAAAAGCUGUGGAAACACAUCAGUGGCCACUUCUAUAGGAAUUUCCCUUCUUUUCCUGUUGUUGAUCUGUGGAAUUGGGUGUAUUUGGCGCUGGAAGCACCGUGACCUGGUACAAUUUACCUUACCAAGGUUCUUGCAAAGGAGGAGCAGCAGGAAAAAAAGCUAUACUAAAACACUCUCAAGUCCCCUUGCUGUCAGCUCAAGACAUAAAAUCUCAGUUCAGACCCAAGACUACAAAUCUUCUGGGAGAGGGACUAACUCACAUGACAACUAUGAGAAUGUGGAAAGUGGUGCUCCCAAAGCUAAGGAAGAAACCGAUAACGAACUAUAUGAGAACACUCGGCCGACCAGUUUCGAGGAGCACAUCUAUGGAAAUGAGAUGCUGUUUCAAUAUUGUAACUUCCAGAAGCCUAGUACUCCCGAAGUCCCUCAAGAUGAAGACAUAUAUAUUCUUCCAGAUUCAUAA